UCUUCAAUUGUGGUUUUGGAAAUUGAUUAGUACUCAAAAAGCGGAAGUGCCACAGCCCUGAUCUGGGGGGCAUCACCUCAGUCACGGUCUGAUCGGCAGAAAGAUAGAGUUGAAACCAAUCCUGAACAGUUGGCUGCUGCUUCAGCUCAGGCUGAUAGAAUGACCAUAUCAACAGGCAGAACCACUCGGGUGAUUGGAUGGUACCACUCGCAUCCUCAUAUUACCGUCCUUCCUUCCCAUGUCGAUGUUCGGACUCAAACUAUGUAUCAGCUUUUAGAUCCUGGGUUCAUUGGCCUCAUAUUUUCCUGUUUUAGCGAAGAUGCUAACAAGGUUGGAAGAAUCCAAGUUAUUGCUUUCCAGUCCUCUGAUGGAAAACCAGAUACUACUCCUACAUCAAUGAGCCUGGUUCUUGCAAAUAAAGAUUCUGUCAUCGAUGUAGAAUCUUCAUUGACUUCUUCAGACUCGAUAUUUCCUAGAUCCUCUUCUCGUCGGGGAGGCAUUCCUGACCAAGACACAAGUGACACAGCUACAACUUCCGGUUCUAAGGGUGGAGGACGAGUUUCAGAUUUUGGGGCUUUCUUUGUUAAUAGUAAUGCUGAGACCAACAGCACCGGAAGAGAUGGAACAAGUGGAAAAUACAGUUCAGGAAAUCUCAGCAGCUCAGCUAUAGAACAUGACCCAAUGGACAUGUCUGAAAGUAUGCAAGAGGCAAUGCUCCGUUCUAAUUUAGAAACCAGUGGUGUGGGGUAUGUUAGAAAAGAAGUCCCUCUUCAUGUUUUGCCGACUUUAUCGCUUCUUCAACUCAAUUCACCUCUAGCAUCUUUUAAGGAUCUGCAAAGAGUACUCUACGAGGAGGAACGAGCAGCAUACCACCAAUCUGUGCAGCAAAGCAUAAGAGACGGGAGAGUUCAUCCUCUUGCUUUCAUCCACAACACAUCGACAUAUCAGGCUUCCAUGUGCAAGCUGAUCGAAUACUGUUUGAGUCCCGCCAUCAGUGCACUUCAAGGUAGGCUGAGGGAGAACAAGAUCCGGUUAGCAAUGCUGAUGGAUGAAGCUGAGGUUCUGGAAUCACAGAAACUAAAAGGAGCAGAGGCGAGCGGGGAACCAUCUCAUCUGGCUCAUGGUUCUGGCAGCCGAAGCAGGAGAGGAUUGUAGAAAGAUUCUGCGAGUAAAGGCACAUGCCUUCCUCUUUAUGUAUGUUUCUAUAUAGACAUUUGUUUUUUUACAAUUGUAUCAUAUGCAGACAUCUGUUUUUGUAGUGUACCCAUCUGUAGCAUUAUUGUUUUUUUUCAUUGGAGAUUUAACACCUUUUUGCCAA